GUAUGAACUAUCCCGAUGAGGACAUUGGGCAUGGCGGUAUUCAAACAGCAGAAAGUGGACGAUUUAUAUGAGAUUGGAGAAGCCCUGGGAAGCGGGCAGUUUGCCGUCGUGAAGCGGUGCCGGGAGAAGAGCACAGGUCUGGACUUUGCGGCAAAGUUCAUCAAGAAGCGCGUGAGCCGGGGGAGCCGGCGCGGGGUGCGGCGGGAGGCCAUCGAGAGGGAGGUGCACCUCCUGCAGAGCCUGCAGCACGCCAACAUCGUGACCCUGCACGACGUGUUCGAGAGCCGCACCGACGUGGUGCUUGUCCUGGAGCUAGUCUCUGGCGGGGAGCUGUUUGACUUCCUGGCUCAAAAGGAUUCCCUUUGUGAAGAGGAGGCUACUCAGUUCUUAAAGCAGAUUCUGGAAGGCGUGCGGUAUCUCCACUCUAAAAGAAUCGCUCACUUUGAUCUCAAGCCUGAGAACAUAAUACUGCUGGAUAAGAAUGUUCCAGUGCCUCGCAUCAAAAUCAUAGACUUUGGCCUCGCACAUAAAAUAGAAGCCGGCACGGAGUUUAAAGAAAUUUUUGGAACCGCUGAAUUUGUGGCUCCAGAGAUAGUGAACUACGAGCAGCUGGGCCUGGAGGCAGACAUGUGGAGCGUCGGAGUCAUCACUUAUAUCCUCUUGAGCGGGGCGUCGCCCUUCCUGGGAGACACCAAGCAGGAGACGCUGGGGAACGUGUCGGCCAUGAACUACGACUUUGACCCCGAGUUCUUCGGCACCACCAGCGAGCUGGCCAAGAACUUCAUCAGGGGGCUCCUGGAGAAGGACACCAGAAAACGGAUGACCAUAGAAGAUGCUCUUGACCACCCUUGGAUCAAGCCCUCGAACCCCAGGCAAGCGCUGGUGAAGAGGCUGUCCGUGGUCAACCUGGAGAACUUCCGGAGACAGUACAUCAGACGCAGGUGGCAGCUGUCCAUCAGAAUCGUGUCCCUGUGCAAUCACCUCACCAGAAUGAUGAGGAAAGGCCCACCCAAGCUGUCCGGCCGUCCUGAGAGGGAGUGCGACAGCGACCAGGAAGAUGAUGUCAUGAGGUUCCGGCCCAGGUCGAGAAAAAGAAGCAGUACUUCCUGAGAUUGGAGAACUCCCGCACCCUAAUGUGUAUUGUGGAACACACCCUUCUCCAACAAGAACCGGCACGCUUCUUCAGCUGAAUCCGUACCUUUCUGAGGACUGGACUACCGUGUUAUAGAGUAGCGUGUUACUCUCCACCACUUAAAACCCAAUCCCUGCGAUCUUGUCAUGAUUUCUUAAACGUUGUCCCCAUGUUAUAGUGGCAGAGUAACGCACCGUUUUUAGCAAUUUAUUUCACGUUGUUUUUCACGUGUAUCAACGAAAAAAGAACAUUGUACGAUAUCCAUUCCACAGUGAAACGUCCCUGCGUUAUACCUAUGGCUUGUCUGUACACACAGAUACUUAACUGUGAAGUAUAGGCAGAAUACGAUUACUAGUGGUCUGUACUGCAGGGCUUCUCACUAACCCUUUUCUAAAGUCUUUAGCAGCCAGUGUUUACAUGGGAUUCUUCUCAACUCAGUAAUGUUUGUUAGCAUUUAUUUCACUUUAAAUCCUUCUGUUUGAGAAGAGCCUGCAGCUUGUUUCCUCUGAUGUUCUACAGCAGAGCGUCAGAACAACCUCACUCAGUUUCACACCUGAAAACUAGUUUUCAUGUAUGAAUGUGUUCAUGUAUUUAUGAUGUUAAUAUUAAUAUCCAAUGAUGUCCUGAUUGGAAUAUGUCUCAAAAGAGUACCAGUAUUAACCAGCCCACCGAUGAUGCCUACUUUGUAUGUAUUGUACAUUUUCAAGUAAUUGAAUAAAACGUUAUGACCUGUAUAGUCUUCUUUGUCCUCUAGUUUGGAGACGG